CCCUCCUCGUGUGCGGCCCCUCCCCCAGGCUCUCAGUCCUCCCCCUCGGGCUCCCUCCUCCUCCUCCUCCCGUCUCCUCUCCUCCCCCCAGCCCCAUCUGUUUUCCCCAGCGGUGUAAUGAUUAUAUUGUAUGGAACUGGGGGCAGCAGCGGCUGCUGCGGCAGUAGAAGCAGCCCAAGCCGCGGGAUGGGUACACGCCAGGGCCACUGCCGCCAGCCACAGCAGCAGCCGCCGCCGCCGCCGCAGCCCGAGCCGCGCCGACCUUAGAGCCGCCGCCCCCAGCCCCUGCCGCCCGCCCCCGGCCGAUGCCCAAGUCGAGGAGCAACCCCAGCAACAGCACCAGCAGCAGCCGCAGACGCCGCCGCCACCACCACCACCUUGGGAGAAGCCGCCGCCGAAGCCCGAAAGCAGGCGGUGUGGGGGUCGCCGAGGGACGCGCGGAGCGAGGAGCCGCCGCCGCGGCGGCCGGGAGAUGUGCCCGGAGGAGGGCGCGGGCGAGGACGCGGCGGGGCUGGGCGAGCUGCGCUCCUGGUGGGAAGUCCCGGCCAUAGCGCACUUCUGCUCCCUCUUUCGCACCGCCUUCCGCUUGCCCGACUUCGAGAUCGAGGAAUUAGAAGCUGCCCUUCAUAGGGAUGAUGUGGAGUUUAUCAGUGACUUGAUCGCCUGCCUGCUUCAGGGCUGCUAUCAGAGGAGGGAUAUCACGCCUCAGACAUUCCACAGCUAUCUGGAAGACAUUAUCAACUACCGCUGGGAACUUGAGGAAGGGAAGCCCAACCCCCUGAGAGAAGCCAGUUUUCAAGACCUACCUCUUCGCACUCGUGUGGAGAUUCUCCAUCGCCUCUGUGACUACCGACUUGAUGCAGAUGAUGUCUUCGAUCUUCUUAAGGGUUUGGAUGCAGAUAGCCUCCGAGUGGAACCUUUGGGAGAAGACAGCACUGGUGCAUUAUAUUGGUAUUUCUAUGGAACUCGGAUGUACAAAGAAGACCCAGUCCAGGGAAAAUCCAAUGGAGAACUGGCCUCAAUCAAGGAAAAUGGAGGUCAGAAAAGUGUCCCAAAUAUGCCUGGAAAAACAGGAAAAAGAAGAGGACGACCCCCAAAACGGAAGAAAUUACAGGAGGAGAUUGCCCUGAAUGAAAAACAAGAAGAAAACUCAACUUUAGCACCACUGACAAGAAAUGGGGUCCAGGGCCCAGGGCAUGGGACUUGGUGGCUUCUAUGUCAAACAGAAGAAGAAUGGAAGCAGGUAACAGAAAGCUUCAGAGAGAGGACAUCACUAAGAGAGCGACAGCUCUAUAAGCUUUUGAGUGAAGACUUCCUGCCGGAGAUCUGUAACAUGAUAGCUCAGAAGGAAAAGCGUUUACAUCGGACAGAGACAGAAUUACAUCCUAGAUGUAUGUCUGAUCACCUACCUAUCAAGUCCCUUAAGCAUGAGGAGACUCCUGUGCUCAGCAGAAUAGAGAAGCAGAGACGCAAGGAGGAGGAGGAGGAGCGCCAGAUCCUUUUAGCUGUGCAGAAGAAAGAGCAAGAACAGAUGCUCAAAGAGGAAAGGAAGCGGGAAAUGGAAGAAAAGGUCAAAGCGGUAGAAGAUCGAGCUAAGAGGAGGAAGCUCAGGGAAGAGCGGGCAUGGCUUUUGGCCCAAGGGAAAGAGCUUCCCCCAGAACUCACCCAUUUGGACCCGAGUUCUCCUGCAAGAGAAGAAAGAAAAGCUAAGGAUCUCUUUGAGCUGGAUGAUGAUUUCACUGCUAUGUACAAAGUUCUAGAUGUGGUGAAAGCUCACAAAGAUUCUUGGCCCUUCUUGGAACCUGUAGAUGAAUCUUAUGCCCCAAACUAUUAUCAGAUCAUUAAGGUCCCCAUGGAUAUCUCAAGCAUGGAGAAGAAACUGAAUGGAGGCCUCUACUGUACCAAGGAAGAGUUCGUCAAUGACAUGAAGACUAUGUUCAAAAAUUGCCUAAAGUACAAUGGGGAAAAUAGUGAGUACACCAAGAUGUCUGACAACUUAGAGAGGUGUUUUCAUCGGGCAAUGCUAAAGCAUUUUCCUGGUGAAGAUGGAGACACAGAUGAUGAGUUCUGGAUUCGAGAAGAUGAGAAGCGGGAAAAGAGGAAGAGUCGUGCUGGGCGAGGGGGUUCAGGCAGCAUUUGGACCCGGUCUAGAGACACUGAGGGAUCCAACAGGAGACAGCAGCCUUUGGAAAAUGGGGGAAAGCCCCUGCCGCCGCCACAUCGAGCAUCCUCCUCUACUGAUGAACAGAGCAGCAGGACCCUGCAGCCACCCAGGGAGGUGGGUCCUUCCAAUGGCCGAGGCUUCUCUCAUCCUUUGCAUUUUGGUGGGAUGCCUAACCAGGCACCUCUUUUGGGCCAGAUGAGGCCAGCAGUGCCAGGAACAUUUGGCCCUCUUCAUGGAUCAGAUCCAGUUAACCUAUACGGGUCACCUAGAGUCCCUGAACCACACCCUGGAGAACCUGUUCAGCAGCACCAGCACUUUGCUAUGCAGCCUCCAGUUGGACUAAAUGAACACAGAGGGCCUAGGCUUGGUGUACCAGAAGAAAAUCAGGUGUGUGGAGGGCUGACUCAUUUCUCUACCAUGGGACCACAUCCUGGAUCUUUACAACUUGGCCAGAUGAGUGGCCCUAGCCAGGAUGGUAACAUAUAUCCUCCAGCCCAGUUCCAGACAGGAUUUAUUCCUCCCAGGCAUAAUGGGCCUCCAAUAAGACAAGAAUUUUCUGAAAAUUCCGAUGUGCCCCCUCCUGGUCACAUGUAUAGACCAUACAAGUACCUGAAUCGAGUACACUCUUCAGUCUGGAAUGGGAACCAUGGGACAGCAAACCAGGGUCCCUUGGGGCCAGAGGAGAAGGCCCCUGGGGGACCUGGAACUUCUCUCCAGCCUCGAAUUCUUGGUCACAUCAUGGAUCCCCGAGGGAUAAGAUCAUCUCUGCCCCCAAACCAGUGGACUGAACAGUCAAGCUUCCUACCUCAUGGGGUUCCUCCUUCAGGAUAUAUCAGGCCACCCUGUAAAUCUACUGGACAGAGAUUACAGCAGCCACCAGCACAGAGCUCUCUGUUUGGGGGACCCUCCCCAGCUCUCCGGGGAGUCCAAGGAGGGGAGUCCAUGAUGGACAGCCCAGAGAUGAUUGCCAUGCAGCAGCUCUCAUCACGUGUUUGCCCACCAGGUGUGCCUUACCACCCUCGACAGCCUCCUUCACCGAACUUACCUGGUCCUUUUCCCCAGGUAGCUCAUUCAGCAGCAGUAACUGCAUCCACUUCGAAGCCAGCCCUGGAAAACAAUGGGAGUUCACAGAACAUCAAUGAAACAAAGGAACCUGACAGUAAACAAGAGCCUAGACUUGAAGAGAAACCACCUAGCCUUGGUGCUCCAGAGGGGACUUACCUCACCCAGCUACCUCAUUCCAAACCACCCCUGCAGGCUGACUGCAUCAGGCAAGGUUCACCACAGCAUCCAGAAACAGAGGUCCCAAUUGUCAAAAGUGACUCCUCCCAGUCUGGGGAAAACUGUAAAGCCACAAAAGGCAAAAAUCCCUGGCCCACAGAAGGCAGCUACCCCAGCCCUACGGCCCAAGGCUGUAUGAGGGACCUGACAACCAUGGCAGAGAGAGGGGUCCUCCCGGAAAAUGGAAUCAUUGGAGAAGCAUCCCCUUGUGGCUCAGAAGAAAAGGGGCUGGUGGGUGGUGGUUCCUCAGAAAAGCAACUGUGCCCUCGAAACAAGACAUUUCAGGAAGCAGCUAUACCUUGUACGGGGCAGAACUCCAAUACUUCUCGGAACAUCGAUGCAAAUCUGAUGGGCAAUGCUGUCAACCAGUUUCCCCCGCUGUAUAUGCCUGGCUUAGAAUAUUCCAAUUCAGCUGCACAUUACCACAUCAAUCCAGGUCUACAGGGUUUUGGUCCUAUGAUGGGAGGGAAACAGCCCCCAGUAUCACACCCACAGCAUUUUCCCCCACGCAAUUUUCAGCCUAGCAACUCCCACUCCGCUGUGUUUCCUCGAUAUCGUCCACACCAGGGCAUCCAAUACUCUUAUCAGCCACCACCUCAGCCUUCCUUCCACCACUACCAGCGAACUCCUUAUUACACGUGUCCUCAGGGCUAUUCUGACUGGCAAAGGCCUCUCCAUCCCCAGGGAAACCAGCCCGGGCACCCAGCUCACCAGGCUCCCCCACCAAGGCCUCCUUUCUCAGAUAAAGGGACUGUAAGCAGUCUGCAGGGUUGUGAGGCCCUCAAUGCCACUCUAGCUUCCCCAACCCGAAUUGCUGUAGUGGGUGCCAAAGUGGUGUCAACGGAUGGGCAGAAUCUAGGGCCCAAGGAAGAAAAAUCAGACGAAUCCAUCGAGAGGCCAGAGAGUCCCAAAGAAUUUCUCGACUUGGACAACCACAAUGCAGCUACUAAACGACAAAACUGUGUGCCCGCUAAUGAGUUCCUCUAUGGAUCUCCUUCCCCAGCCCUGAGUUCAGGGAUGAAUUUUAGUUCAUCUACUUUUCCACCCCACAGCAUGAUGCUACAGUCAGGGCCUCCUUACACGUCUCAACAUACGGCCAGUCAUUUUCAGCCUAGAGCCUAUUCGCCCGUUUCUGCUCACCCAUCUCAUCCGGCUGCUGCCCAGCCUAAUGGCCUCCCCCAAGAGGGCCCCCUCUACCGCUGCCAGGAAGAGAACAUGGGCCACUUUCAGGCCAUAAUGAUGGAACAGAGGGGCAACAUUAGUGGAAUGGGAGGACCUUUCCAGGACUUAUACAGAUCUUCAGGAAUGCAAAUGCAUCAGACCCAGGCUCAGUCACAGUCCCCCUUUCCAAAGGUGUCCGCUCCAACGUCGACAAGAAAAGAACUUCCCCCACAAAAGCCCUCAGUCCUGCCUCUGGAUCAGAGCUAGUUCAAGAAAGAAAGAGCCUCCAAGGAAAUGGAAGCUGCACAUGAAGACUUGGGCUUAGAAAAUCAAGGAGGCUUGGCAAUCCUUGUUCACUUUUCUUCCCCUUCCUACCCCUGACCCUUCCACAGUGGAAGCUUCUUAUCACUGGACAACUGUUGCCAUUCCCAAGAUCCCUAGAGCACAACUCUUAGAUGAUGAACACAACUUGCAGUGGUCUUGGGUCAGGGACCUUCUACAUGGCUGAUCUGAACAGGAAAAGAUGAACCAUGUACACCUGAAACUAGUGGUUUUUCAAGACUUGAGACUGUGUCUCAUUCAGGGAAAUUUUUUAAAUCAGGGGUGGGAGGGGGGAAGAGCUGGUGAAAUGGGAUGAUUUGUAAUUUUCAUGAGCAGCUAAACUCAGGUAUAUAUUGGGGAAGGGAGAUGUAAUUUACUCGUAGUAUUAAUGUGUUUGGAUCUGGGUCCAGUUUACAGAAUUUACCUGUUGCCUUUUAAAAUAAUUUUUUUGUUGGUGGUGAAUGUAUUGUAUAUAAAGUGGGAAAGGGAGGGAAGUGGAUGUGGGAAUCCCAGCCGUAGUGGGCACAUAGCACUGGGGUGAUCCUCUACUGUUUACAAUCAUGUCACACUGAAAACUUUCAGGAGCUGCAAGGGUUGGGAGAUACAUCAUCAUGUCACUUGUCGUUAUGGCAUUCUCUGGGUAGCCCUCCAUGCUUUCAGAGCCUUCCCUCUAAUUUGCCCUAGAGAGCAUCCCCAAGCUCUUUUCUUUACUAGAUUCACUAGAGGCCACAUGCUUUCCAAAAGCAGACAAGCUUCAACUAGGAAGCCAUGUUUGCACCAUAUUAGCUGCUGUUUUUCAUUCUGGUGGCCCAAAUCCAGGUUUUAAGAAACACUAUGUGAUAGGCCUUUCAGUUGGCUGGAAACAGAUAUCAGGAAUGGGGAUCACUGGAAUGUUUCACUCGUUAGAAGAGGAAACUGGAUUGUCUUUUAGUGAUGGACCUCCCAAGAUUUAUGUAGAAAGCUUCAUUAAAAGCUGAGCAUUUAAUCACAUUUUGUGGGAAGUGACUACUCAGGUUUGUACAUGGUAGUAUCAAUAAGGAAAGGAAUGUGUGUGUUUUGAAUAGGGAAGAUGUAGACUUACAGUUUGAAUUUAGGAGUGAUUCCAUAUUUAGUUUAAUUCAUCAUCUAAAGCAAAUCAUUGUAAAACUUGGUCACAUCAUAAUUUCCAAGUUACCAAGAGCAAGGUGUUGGGAUCCUUUGCCUAUCAGCAUAUCAGUGGUAGGAUACAAUAUUACAGUAUUAAAUUACUUUUAUCAUUUCAACCUAGAAUGUGCACUGCAUUAGAUUUUUUGGAUUUGUGUUGUGAAGCCUGUUAUAGCUGCACUGCCUCCCAAAUUAAUAUAUGUUUAAAACCUAUCUUUCCAUAAAGUUAAAAAAUACUGAAAUCACAGUGGGGAAGGAGUGGUUUUUGUUUUUAACAGAAGAAUAACUUCUACCAUAGAACAUUUGAAACAAUACCCUCUUCCACAAAUCUAAAUGUUCCCAGCUCCUAAUGAAAAUACUAAUAGUGGCAGUUCAUUAUGGCAGCCUCCUUUGUUCUUUUUAUAUCUGGAACCAGCUCUUGUGACAAAAGCUGGUGAAAGACAGUGACACUUGGGGAAUAGUCAAGGUUGUAAGCUCUGAAGCUACUGAUGGUGAUGCUUCUUUUGCCAACCAGAUUGUGUGUAUCUUUGGUUUUAGACACAUUUGGAAUGAAAUGGAAGCUUUGUCCUCAUUUAGCCCUCCAUCACUGAUACAAUAUUUUGAACUGGAAGAGUAAGCAAGCAGACAGCAUUAUUCCUAAUAUUAGCAAAAGUAAGUCAGCAUGCACUUGAUAGCCAGAAAACAUUGGAAGGCUCUUGGGUUAGUGUCAAGUGGCUUAAGUGGUACUACCUUAAUCUAGGAAGUGAAAAGGGCUGACUUUGGAUAAGCCAGUCAGAAUCCCAAGUUCUUAGCCAUCUCAAGGAGCACUCACAGUUAGACUUUUCCAUAAAUCAAGCUUGAAAUAUGUUCAAGUUUCUUUUAACACAAAGAUCACUUUGAGUCCUAUUUGUGUAGAAAUGUAGCAAAAGUUUUAUUAAAGCUUGUUUAAGGGUUCUUUGUCUCUGGUUCUGCCAAAAGAAUCCUGAGCAAUAAUAAGUGGAAUUUCUGUAUCUUUCCUGUCCCUCCUCAUUCCCGUCUGAGCAGUUCCUCUCUUCAAAUGUCAUGAUGAGCAUCUUGUCCUCUCCUUCCCCCUCAUCUCUUUCAGCAGAUUCUGUGAAUAAUACAAGAAAGAGAUACCCUAAUCUCUUCUUGCAAUGUGAAAAACAUACUAAUCUGAAACAAGCAAUAGAAAACUGAACUACUGUAUUAAAAUUGUUACACUGUGAACACUUGGGCAGUAGUACAUGAGGAUUUGUUAAAACUGCCCCACUGUUGGCUCAUCUUAAAUGUCUGUGAAUAACCCAAUUGUGUCCUCUGUGAUAUUUUAGUUGUGUUUGGUGGGUGUUUGUAUCGCGUUCUGUAGUCCCUGAGCUGUUAGGAGAUCACUGAAUGCCAUCUUUGAAAUGCAGAAACACUCAAACCUGAGCAUCUAUGUUAUUCAAGCCACCCUGAAUGAUGAAUUCGUUGCAGAUAAAAUUAAGGCUUUGUUUUGCUUAACUCCGCUUUCUCUAGCACUUCUCUCUUAGUUUCUUAAGCAGAUGCAAUGUCUUAAAUAACUCAAAGCUUUUGCAGCUGCCUUCAAUAGUUUGAUAAAGCCAACCUCCUACCCUAGUGAAUUAUUGGAAAUCACAAGGAAUUGGAAACCUUCUUUGCCUGUCGGAGUUGGAGAUAAUUACCAAAACAAAUUUUCUCAAGAUAUGAAGUUUGAUACCCAGGGAGGUAAUCUCAUAGAUUCUUUUUGUGCUUUUUUCAUUUUGUUUUUCAAGAAAAAGUAGCCAGAUAUGGGCACUUUUUAUAUCACCUUUUCCCGCCUAUCCCUUCAAAUGUAAAGUAACCCUUCUAGCUUCUUGGUGAUAAUUGUCAUCUUCCGGAGCAAACCAAGUACACAGAUGAAGAAGACUUUUGUGUUCACUCUGCACUUUUGUGAAGCGUACUAAAGCCCAUGUUUUGUGGCCGUGGUGUCCAUACCUGGACUUAUCUAUAAGGUUUUAAGUUUGAGAAUAGCUUCCUUUAUUAAAAGAAGGUUGUACUUGUGCUGCCUUAAACACCUAAUGAUACUUUUUAUGACUUACCAGUAGGUGCCACCAUUUUGUGGACCUUGCCUCUGGUAUAUAUUUAUUACUCAUGGUAAUCCCUGCCUACCUAGGGCCCCCCUCGGUAUGUCUAGUGCUACCCAAGCACAUAAAAUACAUCCCUGUCAGAAGCCAGGAGUAAGCACUCAUCUGGCACACUUGAUCAGACCUAAUUGUGUUGAUGCCUAUAUGGAACUUGACAUCCAAGAAUGAUUCACUACUCUAGCUUCCCUCCUUGGGGCAACACUGGUUUGAAAGUUCACCUGAGAUCAGCUUUUCAAUACCCUGCCAGUUCUGAGGCGAGCAGAAUUCGAGAAUGUGCUUGACCAUCUCUGCAAAAAUGCCUUCUAGCCUGGGGGUGGAGCUUGGGCUUUUGUCCCAGCGUUCAGCUCAGUGCCUCUCCCUCCUUGCACAGAUUCCCAACAGAGACUUGUGGGAGAGCUACCUUCCACAGUAGCAUAUGAGCGAGUCGUGUGCUCCACGGCACUGUGAUGUGAUCCUGGGAUACAGUGCCUUCCUUGUUCUCCAGUCACCAGGAGACUCAGCACGUAUAUGUUUUGAACCAUGUUUGUCCUAUGACUGACUAAAAGUCAACUUUCACGUUUUCAGUUUCUUCAAACUCAUUAUUACCUAAACUUUUACUGGUCUAGUCAAGGCAUUAUUGUCCAGUAAAAAGAGGAAUGUGAUUUUAGACUUGCUGCCAGGAAAGAAAGAACAGAGUCUUUCUGAUUGAGGUUGGGUUUCUCUCUCUGUGCCUCACAGCCUAAAGGAAAUAUUGACCCCAGUCUCUAGAAAACUCACCAUUGUAACUUGGGUGGAAAUAGUCCUUAAAUCCUUUGUUGCUGUUUUCCAGCCAUGUCAGACUUAAGUUGCGAAGCGUCCCGGGCCACCAGGCUACGUGAUGAUGCUUUUCCUUUUCACUGCAUGUUAUUUAACAAGUUGUAAUUUAAGGGCUAUUCAUCUCCUCCCCUUCUUUGGUUUGAAACUUAACCAAUCUCUUUUUACAGUUGUGCUCUGAUGGACUGACUCUUGACUCGUGUAUAAAAAGACUGGGAACAAGCUGAUUGUCCUGCAUGUUUUUUGAAAGGUAUUGGGGUGGGAACACAGGUGUGGGUAUCAAGUAAAUUAUUGAAAUGCUGAACUCCUUUCUCUCCAUGUAGUGACCUCUUCUUUCCCCCCAGCUUGGGCUCAGUUACCUCACUCUGCUGCCUUCUACACUGUUCCUGGUAGCCUGGUUCAGGAUCCACCAACCAGCCUUUGGCACACAGUGUCAGGGAUUCUUUGCUCCUUCUGCAAAAGCUGUGUGAACUUUCCUGGCCAGUACUGAAAAGGGGAAUGCUAUUUAUUUUUAUAUUUGUGUAUAUUUUGUCUUGGUCUGCUGAUUCCCUUUUUCCCUGAGAGCGACACUUACCUCAAUAGUUAGUUCGAUACUGUGUUGAAUAAUUUUUUUAAAGAACUUUUUAAAAGCUUUUUGAUCCUUGGAGGUCUGUAGAUUUAUUUCCAUAUGAAUUGGUUAUUUUGUAUAAAGUACAUUCUUAAAAUA